CACCUCUGCGGGCGGUGCCGCGCCCCCGGCAGCGCUGCCGGCGGGCGGCCGCCAUGCGCCGCCCGGCCACGCUGACGUUCUCGGCCGCCGCCUCGCUGUGCUGCUCGGCCGCCGGCGUGCUGGAGCCACUGCGGCUGCCCGAGGUCUCCUUCCACGACCUCGCCGCCGCCGGGCCUGCGGCGGCCAGCUCUUCCCGCCGUGCGUUGGACACGCUGGGGGCGCUGGCUGUGGUGGGCGUGCCCGCGCAGGACGCGACUGGGCGCGCGGCGCUGCUGGGAGAGGCGUCCCGCGAG